AUGCAGUACAAGCGUGUCGCUUAUGGCCUGUUGGCCGCCUUUGCCUCCCUGGCUUCUGCUGCUGAUGACAAGUCCGAUGUUACCGAGCUGAGCGGGGAGACCUUCAACGACUUCGUCAAGGGCAACCCCCUGAGUAUGGUGGAGUUCGUUGCUCCUUGGUGUGGACACUGCAAAGCCCUCGGUCCCGAGUUCGAGAAGGCUGCCACCAAUUUGCGGGAGUCGGGCAAGGACAUCAAGCUCGGCAAGGUUGACUGCACUAAGGAGGCCGACCUCUGCCAGAAGUACGAUGUCCAGGGCUAUCCCACUGUUCUGGUUUUCCACAGCCUCGACGAUGUCACUCCCUACGAGGGCCAGCGCAAGGCGCCUGAUAUCACCUCCUACAUGAUCAAGCAGUCGAUGCCUACCGUCUCUCACCUGACCGCGGAUACCCUCGAGGAGUUCAAGACGACCGGCGACGUGGUUGUUGUCGCCUACAUUGAUACUGAUGACAAGGCCUUGUUGGAGACCUACACCAGUGUCGCCAAGAAGCUCCGUGCCAAGUACACAUUCGGCUACACAGACGAUGCCGCUCUUGCCAAGGCCGAGGGAGUCAAAGUCCCCUCCCUUGUUGUGUACAAGUCCUUUGACGAGGGCAAGAACAUCCACACGGAGAAGUUUGAGGCUGAGGAUAUCGAGAAGUUUGUCAAGACCGCCGGCACCCGUCUCAUUGGAGAGGUUGGCCAAGAGACUUACGCUGACUAUAUGUCGGCCGGUAUUCCCCUCGCCUACAUCUUCGCUGAGACCCAAGAGGAGCGCGAGAGUCUCUCCGACGAGCUCAAGCCCAUCGCCGAGAAGUACAGGGGCAAGAUCAACUUUGCCACCAUCGACGCCAAGGCUUUCGGCGCUCACGCUGCGAACCUCAACCUCAAGACCGACAAGUUCCCUGCCUUUGCCAUCCACGACACUGUUAAGAAGUUCAAGUUCCCUUACGACCAGGACAAAAAGAUUGUCCAUGACGACUUGGCCAAGUUUGUUGAUGACUGCACAGCCGGCAAGAUUGAGCCCAGUAUCAAGUCUGAGCCCAUCCCCGAGGAUCAGGACGGCCCUGUUGUCAAACUUGUCGCCUUGAAUUUCAAAGAGGUCGUGGGCAAUAAAGACAAGGACACCCUUGUUGCGUUCGUCGCCCCUUGGUGUGGUCAUUGCAAGGCUCUAGCCCCCCUCUAUGAGGAACUCGCCGAGGCCUACCGUGAGUCGCCAGACCAUGACAAAGUUGCCAUUGCCAAGAUCGAUGCCACCGCAAAUGACGUUCCUGAAGAGAUCGCCGGCUUCCCUACCAUCAUGCUCUACGCCGCUGGCGUGCUGGAUGCCCCCAUCACCUACAACGGCCCCCGCACUGUUAAGGACCUGAUGGAAUUCAUCAAGGAGAACGGCAAGUACAAGGCUGCCGCCUCCAUCAAGGAGGACACUGAGGAGGCUGCCCCCGCCGCUUCCGAGAAGGCAGAGGAGGAGGACAAGGAGGACAAGGAGGACAAGGAGGACAAGGAGGACAAGGAGGACAAGAAGGACAAGAGGGACAAGAAGGACAAGAAGGAAGAAAAGGCCGAGGACAAGGAAUCCGAGGAUCACGAUGAGCUGUAA